AUCCUGAACGACGACAGCUUACUCAACCCUGGCAAGGUUAACAAGGCAGCGCAGACGCAGAUCACUCUACCGGAACGGAUGGGUGGCUUCGGGGUCCAAUCAGCCGCGAGGACAGCUGACUUGGCGUAUGUGGUCAGCCUUCUUAGUGUCGCUGGGACCCUGAAGUCCUUCUUUCAGAUGGGAGGGAAGAGCAUUCUCGGAGUCGAGGACAGCGAGGCGCCUUUCCCGCCCAUCUUUGAGGAGGCUGAGUCGGCGCUGAAAAGGCUUCCAGAAAAAGUCCGCACGAAGCUGCCUACGUGGAAGACAGUCGGGGAGAGAGGGCUUGAACGCGGAACUUUCACGGUUUUGGCACGGGAGCUGCAGAUUGAGGCUUUGAACGGGAUCCGGAAGUCCCUUAACCGGCCCCGCCACAAGGCCCGAUUGACCAGUUUGCAGCUGCAGAACGCGGGCGCGUGGGUCUCGGCUCUACCGUCUCGACCGGACCUCCAGCUCGAAAGCGACGACUGGGCGAUUGCGGCGAACCUUCGGUUGGGUCGGGACAUCCCACACCUCAUUCAGGCGGGGACUUGCUCGUGCGGGAAGGACUUAUCCACUUGUAACGCGGCGGGGCAUGCUCUCAGGUGCUCCACCAAGUACGCGCCGUCUAUCCCCCACAAUGCCAUCCGGGACCAUGUGGCGAUGGUCUGCAGGGAGGCGGGCAUGCAGACGACGAUGGAGGAUAAGGCUUUUUUCGGUGGGAAGCCGAUCCCGGAUGUCGUGAGUCUCCACACGGACAGCGGGAAGACCUGGGUGAUGGAUGUGGUCAUCGCGGAUCCGCACGAUAACAAUGCCAACUGCCCGGAGACCAAGCCAGGAGCGGCCCUCAAUGAAGCCGUUCGUCGGAAGAAGGUGACCUACAAGGAGGCGGUGACGAAAGGAGGGAAGCGGAUGGAGAAGACCACCAAAGUGAUUCCGUUGGCUACGGAGAUCUAUGGGGGUUGGUCCAACAGCUUCUCCGACUGCGUAAAGGACAUUGCAGCAACCACUUCGAAGCGGCUUGGCAGACAGUCGGGGCAAACCACCGACCUCAAAUCUCUCAUCUGCCGGAGCAUCGCUCAACGCAUUGGAGUGACGCAGCAACGUUCUCAAGCGGUCAUGAUUCGGCACAGGUUGCGCGCAGCAGUGGAGGCCAAGGGAGAAACGAUGUACCAAGACGCAGGGAGGACUUUUGACUGGAUGGGCUCUCAGCCACCCGCUCCCUGCGACAUUGUGGUAGGAAGGGUAGAUUUCUGA